AUGUUAAGGGUGGGAAUUCCAUCUACUGUCACAUUGCAUGUGCAGAGUGAACAACUUGGGAUUGGCUGCAAAUUGCCAAUUUAUCCGUUAUUUCCCGAGGGUAAUUUGUUUUCUUUCUAUGAGCUAUGUAAAAAUUACCAGUGGACUAUUGAAGAUGAAAAGGUAUUGAGCUUCGAGGUUCCAGAGAACUUGCACGGGGAUAGUAUCCAGUUCGCUGCUUCGGCAGGAAGUCAAGUUAAUAGUUAUUUCGACGAGAACGACCUUGGUUUUGUUAAUGUCUUGUAUGGAAGAUCUGCAGGCAAGACCAACGUUGCUGUGUCUUUCUCAUGCGAACUUUCAAUUUCUGGGUCAAAGACACAGUCAUGGUUUUACAGUUCAUCUUUAUCAGUAACAGUGAUUCCUGAUCUUCCACUGGCUUUGGGAGUCCCCAUAACUUGGAUUCUUCCUCCUUACUAUACAAUGACAAGCCCUUUGCCUUCAUCGUCAGAAUCCUACUCACGAUAUGAUAGUCCAAAUCGCAGGGGAUCCAUCAGCUAUUCUUUAUUGAGAAGUUUGGAGAAAAAUGAAGCUCUGCAAAAAGAUGCCAUAUUCAUUGAUGGGGAUAAAAUUAAAACAACCAAAAGUAGUAGUCUUGCUUGUAUUCAGGCUAAAGAUCGUACAACAGGAAGAACAGAGAUUGCCUCUUGUGUCAAGGUUGCUGAGGUGACUCAAAUUAGAAUAGUCAGUAAGGAGGUUCUCCUCAAUGUAAUGAAUCUUGCUGUUGGUGCGGAACUUGAUCUUGCAACAAGCUUUUAUGAUGCUCUAGGAAAUCCUUUCCACGAGGCAUACAAUGCAGUGGCUUUGUUUGCUGAAACUAACUACCCUGAUGUUCUCUAUGUAAACAAAACAGCUGAUGGAAAAGGCAAUGUCCAUAUCAAGAUUUAUAGUGUUCUGGCGAUUAGGCAUGGUAAAGCUCUUGUGCGAAUAGCAAUUAGUGAAGAUCUGCAAAAAUCAGAUUAUGUGCUGAUUAGAGUGGGUGCCCAUAUAUAUCCUCAAAAUCCAGUUCUUCACAUAGGAAGUCCUCUUAACUUAAGCAUAAAAGGUUUGAGUGAUACAGUUUCUGGACAGUGGUUUACCACAAAUGGAAGUGUAGUAUCAGUUGAUACGUUAUCGGGGAUGGCCAAAGCUAUUGGGCAAGGUUCAGCCGAAGUAUCUUUCUCUUACGGAGGAUCAAAACUGCAAACAACAAUUACAGUAUUGAAAGGAGAUUAUAUUUCUGUGCAUGGUCCAAAAGAGAUGUUAACUAAUGUCCCAUACCCCUCGAAAGGAUACAACUUCUCCUUGAAAUUCAGUGAAUCCCUUGGUGCACCCGGAGAAAACAAGAGAAUUUUAUUCAAUUGUAGAGUAGAUCCGCCAUAUGUGGGGUACGUGAAGCCAUGGCUGGAUCAGGACUCUGGCAAUUCAUAUUGCUUAUUUUUCCCUUACUCACCAGAGCAUUUGGUGCAUUCAGUACCAAAGUUUGAAGGCAUGAGACCGGAUGUAUCACUCUCCAUUUCUGCUUCUCUUGAACACGGACAUGUUUCUGGAUCUGCUUCAGCACUUUUUAUUGGAGGAUUUUCUAUAAUGGAGAUGAGCAAGAAUUCGUUGCUGCUAAAUCUGACACGAGGCUCUAACAAAACUUGCAUUACUAUCUUGGGAAAUACUGAUGUUGAAAUUCACUGGCAUCAUCGAGAUUUGAUUAUGAUCAGUCUCAUCCAUAGAGAAAAUAUUGGCAUUCGAGGGUUUGCACGGUAUGAGGUCAAACUUCUGAAAGCCAAGAGAUUCAAAGACAAAAUCCUCAUCACACUCCCAGCUAAUGGCCAGAGUGUGGAAAUAGAUGUCAACCAUGAACCUGAGGAAACAGCACCAUCCAGCAUAGCCAUAAAUAAAGCUUUCUGGGGAAGCAUCCUGGGGUGUUUUCUGCUGUUGAUUUUAUCUAUCAUUAUCUUCACACGUUUCUUGGAGAGACCAUCUAGGCAAACAAGUUCUUCAGUUACUACAACUACAAGCAUCGCAGCACCCACAACUCCUGAUAGAAGCACCCAAUCUGCUGUAAAUGACAUGUCUCCUCGAACACCUCAACCAUUUGUGGACUACGUGAGGAGAACCAUAGAUGAAACUCCAUAUUACAAGCGAGAAGGGAGAAGAAGGGUUAAUCCACAGAACACGUUUUAA